UGUUAUGGUUUGAUGCUGGUUAAUGUGAUCGUUCUGAUUUCAGCCUUCAGAGCUGCUGUCACUAUCUGGUCUACAGUAAGUGUGUCCCAGGGAAAUGGCAGAUCACAUUAUUGAUCAACGCAUCAGGAUGUACUACAAUCAAGGUCUAACACAGGCAGAAAUUGCAUUGUGCCUUUCUGUUAGAGAUGGCUUUCAGAUUAGUCCUCGUCAUUUAAGGAGAAGACUAGCCCGGUUACAACUUUACAGACGACGGUUAAGUGAUGCUGCUGAGAUUGUUAACUUCAUUAGCAACCAGAUAAGAGGACCGGGUCGUCUUCAUGGUUACCGAAUGAUGCACGAGAGGUGCAGAUUGGCUGGACUGCGCGUGACUCGAGACAUGGUUCAGGAGAUUCAGUCACAUCUUGACCCAGAGGGCGUACAGCAACGGAGAGGAACAAGACUUCGGAGAAGAUGUUAUAGUGUCCCAGGGCCCAAUUAUUUAUGGCAUAUGGACUCUUAUGACAAGCUGACUCCUUUCGGCAUUGGAAUAAACGGAUGCAUUGAUGGGUUUUCGCGUCAUAUAAUCUGGAUGCAAGCAAACUCUUCCAAUAGUAACCCCAAAGUAAUUGCAGCAUACUUUAUGAAUGCAGUCACGGGACUCGGGGGGUGUCCAAAAAUAAUCCGAUCGGAUUUAGGAACUGAAAAUGUUCAUGUUAAUAGGCUGCAACACUUCUUCCGAGAAGAUGAGACUGGCGUUGUGCAUGGGCCGUGUGUGUUCCAAGGACGCAGUACAGCAAAUCAACGGAUCGAAAGCUGGUGGGGGAUCUACAGGAGACAGAACGCAAGCUAUUGGAGGGACGUCUUCCAGGAGUUCCAGGCAACUGGAGACUUUAAUGGGGAUUUCAUAGACAAGGGUCUCAUCCAAUUCUGCUUUCUUAAGAUUAUUCAAAAUGAGCUAGACACCGUUGUGACAAUGUGGGACAACCAUCGCAUUCGACCAGGUGGAAACGGACACCCAAAUUAUCAUGGAAAACCAUGUUUGAUGUACAAUGUACCUGAGCUCUAUCAUACACAAGAUUAUUUGCAUCCACUACAGUAUGAAAGAGUUGGAAUUGUUCUCCAAGAGGACAUUUGCCUGUGGAAAACAGACAUUCCCUGCGACCAUGACCUGCAUGAGCUCUGUUUGAUGGUGAUGGAAGAAAACAACAUAGCACUGUGUCAUAACGCUACAGAGGCAAUACGACUUUACAAAGACCUGAGGCCUUUAAUAAGAGCACUCCUGCCAGAGCCUCAUCACUGAUGUUGUUGUAGCAUACAGACAGAUGUACUGUCUAUGGUACUAAUAAUAAUGAUGAUGAUGAUGAUGGUGGUGGCAUUUCCAGCAAUGAUGCCUCUCUAAAAAUUUACAUUUCUCAAGUAUCAUUGGCAUUUGCAUCCAUUGAUGCUGUGUGUUGAAAUGUUUUACUAAGAUAAUGUGAUUUCUGUGUAGUAGGCCAGAUUCAUAAUGUUGGGUCUUGGGACCAGCAAGGGCACUUAAAGGAACACACCCAGAUUUUGGGAAUUUAGCUUAUUCACUGUAUCCCCCAAAGUUAGGUAAGUCCAUACCUUUCUCAUCUCCGUGCGUGCUGUAACUCUGUCUGAAGCACA